CGAGGCCCCACGCGGCUAGUUGCUAAGCAAAAGAAUCUUUGGUCAACUGCCAUCUGAGUCAAAGCAACAGGAACACUUCAUCAUGCCUCAUAUUGACAAUGAUGUGAAACUAGACUUCAAGGAUGUCCUGUUGAGGCCCAAACGCAGCACUCUAAAGUCUCGAAGUGAGGUAGAUCUCACAAGAUCAUUUUCAUUCCGGAACUCAAAGCAGAUGUACAGUGGCAUCCCCAUCAUUGCUGCCAAUAUGGAUACCGUGGGUACUUUUGAAAUGGCUAAGGUUCUCUGUAAGUUUUCCCUGUUCACUGCCAUCCAUAAGCACUACAGCAUCCAUCAGUGGCAAGAGUUUGCUAACCAGAAUCCUGACUGUCUUGAGUAUCUAGCUGCCAGCUCAGGCACAGGCUCUGCUGACUUUGAGCAGCUGGAACAGAUCCUAGAAGCUAUUCCCCAAGUCAAAUAUAUAUGCCUGGAUGUGGCUAAUGGCUACUCAGAACAUUUUGUUGAAUCCGUAAAGGAUGUACGGAAGCGAUUCCCCCAACACACCAUCAUGGCAGGCAAUGUGGUAACAGGAGAGAUGGUAGAAGAGCUAAUCCUCUCUGGGGCUGACAUCAUCAAAGUGGGAAUUGGUCCUGGCUCUGUCUGUACAACUCGGAAGAAAACUGGAGUUGGGUAUCCACAGCUCAGUGCAGUGAUGGAGUGUGCAGAUGCUGCUCAUGGCCUCAAAGGCCACAUCAUUUCAGACGGAGGCUGCAGCUGCCCUGGAGAUGUGGCAAAGGCCUUUGGCGCAGGGGCUGACUUUGUGAUGCUGGGUGGCAUGCUGGCCGGGCACAGUGAAUCAGGUGGUGAACUCAUUGAGAGAAAUGGCAAGAAAUACAAGCUCUUCUAUGGAAUGAGUUCUGAAAUGGCUAUGAAGAAGUAUUCAGGAGGCGUGGCUGAGUACAGAUAAAUCUGAACCCUUUACAAAGAAGUAAAUAUGAAAAGGGUCUCAACCAGCUCUAAGAGGAGCCUGGUAUGUUUCUGAGGGAUGACCCACACAGACUAUGUAAGUAUCAAUUCCCCUUCUUCCCAUCAAGACACUGAAAGAAAUCAAGAUUUAAUUUUCAAGUGUUACAAAGCUUUUAGCAAUGUAGCCAGGCAACUGAGGUCUCAGCUUCCUCUUCUUUUCCACUAAACUUUUGCGUGCAGAGCUGCAGGGGUGGAUGGACAGAGUGCAGAGGGUAUUCCAGAGGACCUGAGUGAGAACUGUUUAUGUAGCCAGAAAGGAAUAGUCAGGACACUAUGGAAUGUAGUCACAAAACAUGGGGAUAUAGGUGUCAAGCUUCGUCUUCUGAUAGUUUUUCAAAGACUCCUAUAGAGAAGAAAGCAUAAUUCCUAUAACUGGGAGCACUUCACACAGAUUCCUCUUAACUGGGAGCACUUCACACAGAUUCCUCUAACUGGGAUCACUUCACACAGAUUCCUCUUAACUGGGAGCACUUCAUACGGAGUCCUCUUAACUGGGAGCACUUCACACAGAGUCCUCUAACUGGGAGCACUUCACACAGAUUCCUCUAACUGGGAGCACUUCACAUAGAUUCCUCUAACUGGGAGAACUUCACACAGAUUCCUCUAACUGGGAGCACUUCACACGGAGUCCUCUUAACUGGGAGCACUUCACACAGAUUCCUCUAACUGGGAGAACUUCACACAGAUUCCUCUAACUGGGAGCACUUCACACGGAGUCUUGCCUUAUUCUGCCUAUCCUCUGGCUCCACUUUCUGCUUCUUCCCACUCACCUUCCCUUCUUUCUGGUUAUUUUCUUCCUCAUCAGAGUCCAAAACCAAGUCCCCUAUGGUAAUAACAGAGCUACAUAGGGACGGGGAUAGCACUGCAGGAAAGAAACCACAAUUAAAACCACCUUUUUUUUUGGUUCUUUUUUUUCGGAGCUGGGGACCGAACCCAGGGCCUUGCGCUUCCUAGGUAAGCGCUCUACCACUGAGCUAAAUCCCCAGCCCCUAAAACCACCUUUUUAGCCCAGCUUGGUAGCCCACACUUUUAAUCCCUCCACUCUGGAGGCUGAGGCAGGGGGAUCUCUGAAUUCAAGGCCAGCCUGGUCUAUAGAUAGAGUUCCUGGACAGCCAGGGUUAUGAAGAAAAAAAAUUAUGUCAAAAAAAAAAAAAAAAAAAAAAAA